AUGACCACUUCCACGGAGAAACCACUUGUUUACGAGAACCCAGAAAUUGAUGGCCAGAAGCCAGGAACCACCGUGACGUUGCCAUAUGGCCACGGACCAUUGCCUGAGGAAUUGAAGAACAAGAAGAUCUUCUUCUUUGACAUCGACAACUGUCUCUACAAGCGUUCCACCAAGAUCCACGACAUGAUGCAGGUUAAAAUCCACAACUACUUCAAGCAAAACUUGCAGUUGAACGACGAUGAAGCUCACGAGUUGCACAUGAACUACUACAAGACGUAUGGAUUGGCCCUCGAAGGAUUAGUCAGAAACCACCAGGUGGACGCGUUAGAGUAUAACUCGCAAGUGGACGAUUCGCUUGACUUGAAGUCUGUCUUGGGCUACAACGAGGAGUUGCGCAACAUGAUUAUCAAGAUCAAGGAAUCUCACCACUACGACGUAUUGUGGCUCAUCACCAACGCAUACAAGAACCACGCCUUGCGUGUGAUUUCGUUCUUGGGCUUGGGUGAUCUUUUCGACGGUUUGACCUUCUGCGACUACUCCGAGAUCCCCAUCAUUUGCAAGCCGAUGGACGAGUUCUUCUUCAGAUGUCUAGACACCGUGCAAGUGGACGCCAAGGACCCGGCAGCCUUGUGGCAGCUCUCGUUUGUGGAUGACAGCGAGAUCAACGUCAAGGCGGCUUACGACCUCGGCUUUGGCAGCGUGUACCACUUCGUUGAAGUUGAGAAGGAAUAUGAGCAGUUGAAGCAGAAAGACGACUACCUGACUUACUACGAGGGAGACAGGAAGAUCGUCGUUCUUCGUGACAUCCUUGAGCUUCUGAAGUACGCCUAA